AUGUCGGUUACUUUGAUUAGCUUGCAGAGACAAUACCUGCUGACGCAGUUUACCUCUGUCGGUUCCAGGACGAAGUACCUGGUUUUGGACGAGAGAGCCAAUGAACUCAUUGACAUUUUGUUCAAGAGAGAGGAGCUUUUGGACUACUUUUUCAGCGUACAAACAAUCGAUUCCAAGAGCAGAAACAAGGAGCAGGCUCAGGAAGCGUUCUAUCUCCUCGACCCAUCUACUUAUAGCAUCAAUUGUUUGCUUGCUGACUUUACCAUUAAGCCCAGUCGGUAUUCCAGAGUUUUUUUAUAUUUUUUCCCGGGGCUUACAGAUGCACACAAGGAUAGGUUGAGUCGCAGUAGCUCACUCCAGAGAAGCAUAGGCAAGCUAGAGGUGCUCAAACUCGGUAUGUUUCCGGUGGGAAACAAUGUCUUUACUACCAAGUUUUACGAUUCAUUGCAGUCGUAUUACAACAGGUCCUGUGUUGAACUGGUGCAAUCGCAAAUCAACCAGGCUGUGGAGAGUCUGCUAAACCUGAUUGUGGUCUCUGAGGAGUAUCCUGUGAUACGAUACUAUAGACCCGACGAUAACAAAUCGAGAACAUCACCUCUCCCGAAUCUGAUAGCGCAGCAAUUGAAACAGAAACUGGAAGAUUAUAUCCGCGAGCACGAGGAGUAUCGUACAGACAGCAGACCCAGGCCGGUGUUGCUUAUCACUGACAGAACCAUGGAUCUCUACACACCGAUCUUCCAUUCAUUCAACUACGAGGCUCUGGUGUUUGACACUGUUGAGUUUCCGGAAAACAAGGAGGGCAAGUAUAUCAACGAGUUCACCUACAAUGCUGUCCUGAUGAACGGUGAGAAAGAGCGCAAACGUACUAGGCUGAACGAUACCGAUAAGUACUGGACUCAGCUCAGAAAACUGCAUUUCAUUGAAGCAGGAAAAGUUAUUCAGCAAACAAUACACACACUGAGAGCUGAAGAUAACAGGAUGAAAAAUUCCCGCUAUGUGGCGGAUUUGCAUCAUACCCUGGCGACCAAGGACGAGCAUAUGGAAGACAAACGUUUGAUCUAUGCUCACGACCAACUGGAGAACAGACUGUUGCAGAUAUUCCAGGAUAGACAGUUAAUGGACUUGGCUUUGUUUGAACAGUGUUGUGCUGCCAAUGGUAUUGAAGAGGAUGGGACACACAACAAACAUCUCACCAACUCAUUGCUCGAUCUACUUGUGAAGAAGGAGAUAAGCCGUAAAGAUAAAAUUCGGAUCAUCACCUCCUACGCAAUUUACCGAGGCGGGAUUAUCGAAGCAGACCUCAAGAAACUUUGUACUUUUGCCGGGUUUGAAGAUUAUUUUGAUGUCUAUCGGGUUCUCUACAAGAACUUUGGGCUGAUGGGAUUUCCACUUCUAAAGGCGGACCUGAGACAGAAGAAGAUCAACAAGUCGCCCACUUACUACAUUCAAUCGUAUGAAGAGAUGGGCGACCGUGCAACCAGAUUCAGACCUGCUGUUGAAGUGAUCCUUCAAUCCAUAAUCCAGGGAAACCUUUCUGAGAGCAUGUAUCCAUACAUAGAUGGUGUCGCUCCUAGUACCGAGUCUACAAAAGUUAAGGGUCCACUUGUGCAUAGUUCGCGUAAUGCGGAAUGGUCAACUUCGCAAAAGGGAAGGGAAAAGAUUUUCCUAUUUGUUGCUGGGGGCCUCACACACGCAGAAAUCGAGUCUGCCUACUCCUUCAGUGAAAAAUAUAGAAAGGACAUCUUCUUGGGAGGUGAUGAGAUUCACACACCCGAAGGGUUCUUGAACCAGGUGCUACAUUUAUCCAAUGACAGGGCCGACCUGAGAAUGCCAUUUGAUAUAAAGCAAGAGAAUAUACCUGCUCCCAAGCAUCUGACGGUUCAGCCUACAGCUGUACAGUCGAAACCAGUUGCUCAGGCCGUACCAAAUGGACCCUCACCGAAGAGUUCCAUCUCAAGCUCGACCUCAGAAAUUGUGUCUUCAGCCUCGACCGAGAAGAAAUCUCUAAGGAAAAAGCUUUUCGGUAGGAAAAAAUAA